AUGUUGUUGAAUACAUCUUCAGAUGAGUGGCUAAGCAAGAUCAAUAGUUUAAAUAGCGCAGGAUUUCCCAUUCUGGGCCAAAGUACGACACCAAACACAGGAUGGGCUUACUCCGGGAGCAAUGGAGGUCAAUUGCAAGCACCACAACGUUACGAUACUGGGAGCCCUUCUAGCUUGUCCGGUAGCUCGACCAAAGACCGCAAGAAACGGAGAUAUAAGUCAGCAGCACUAAGAGCUGAGUCGAGUCUCACCCGCAGUCUGAACGCGUGUGUGCGGUGCAAGUUACAGCGCAUCAGGUGCACGCCUGAUCCGAACAACAUGGAGGGACCAUGCCUUCCAUGCACGCAAACAUUGCUGAGAAUAUCGAGGCUUCCAUGCCUUAGGUAUAGGAUCACCGACAGCAGCCUUUAUCGUACUGCCUUUCAUUACUAUCCAUUCUUCCGAGAGCAUCUCAUGAUUGGGCCUAGAUACGGCGACUUUCACAUUCAACGGAAUUGGACAUCGAAUCAUAUCAUCGUUCUUGACCUCGCACAAGACAGUAACGCUAUCCUCCGCUUGGCUGUGAGAAAGUUUGUGCCCAGCCCUGAAGAUCUUACUUCAGAUGACACACGUGGAAACAAGAUGUACAGCAUCCCUUGGGCAAUCGCAGAUGCGGAGCAGGCAACAAAAGCUGUGAACUCUUAUCUUGACGGGUGUAUUGGUCAUUAUCUUGACGCCAUUCUGGACGAUUCUAAUCCUUUGGUAUGGGAUAUUUUCCACUGCGCUCUCAGGUUGUCACUCGUUUCUCACCCUGUAAGUUGCCGACCUAUUGGACUCUUACCUCAAGUGAUUCGUCUCUGGGUCGCAUGCCGAUUCCUAGAGGGCCGUUGGCGAUGUGUAGGGCAACAUUCUUUGGGUGCAGAGCGUCUCUCGCAUUGGUAUAGUACGGAGCCGAUUACCCAAGUACCGCCAUUCGUCAACUACCAGAUGGCUGCGAUAUUCACCGAAAGAAUCCUACAACCACUGCGCAAAACAGUUUUGAAGCAACUCCAGGAGUUGAUGCUGGCCAACGAGAAAAAGAACUGGUUCACCAUUGCCCUGAGCGUGUUCAUACUACUCCAUAAUUAUGAACUACAAUGCCGGUUUCACAGUGCCUUCGCCAGAAGGCGUGGCUUUCCGGUGCGCUUUGUCGAGAUGCCGGUUAUCAACGCUAUCCAUUCUGGCGCCAAAACCAUCCUCGCCUAUUUCCACUAUGCCUGUAAAGGCCAGCGACCAUUUUCUCUGGAUCAUGACUGGGAUACGGACGAGGCAAAGAAGAUGGCCCACCUUGACAACGAGCAGGUUAGCUUUUUAAAGAAAUACCAGCAUCAUAUACACAACAACGGUAGGAAGCCUGACGCAACUUCUGAAGAGCCACAGGUACGAACUGUCAGCUACACCCAUGACUACGAGGAAAAAUACUGGUUCGUGGGACAAAUGUUCGAUGUAAAUUGGGUACCUAGAGAAACGAAGGAAGAUUUGCUGCCAGCUUAG